AUGUCUUCCAAUUCCAACUCCGACAUCCUCCCCAAAUGGUCCACCCUCGGCGGCCCGCUCAAGAACCACCCCAACGCGACAUACUCGUUCCCGACGCGGACCAUGUUCAACGCCGACACGGGCACGUACGUCGCGCACCCGACGUGGUCCAACGACGCGGCGGCCCAGGACCGCGAGCGUGCGCGCGUGGCAGGGCGGGAUUUUGCCUACGCGAGCGGCGACGCGAGGCACUGGGCAAUCGACGCAAUCCCAUCUGAUUUACAUUUCGACAUCUUUGAGAGAUCGGAUCUACAAUUUCCUUCGUCCUCUGGACCUCCUCAAGAUUUGGGAAGUCAUCACCCUUCAGAGCCAGCGGCUACGGACGGCAACACGGUGAUCCUAUUGAAACCCGAGAAUGAGACACCUGGCAGCCCGCUGGUCAAGCCAACCAGCCAGCUCCAGUCAUAG